CCGACUAAUUAGCUUAGUGGAGUGGAGUCCAGAAAUGCGAUUUCUUCUCCCAAAGGCCAAAACAAACCUUCUCCUCCGUGAAGAAAAUUCUACAAUCUACACCCCACCUGCGCACAUUAGCAACCGCCGGCGACGCUGAAGGUGACUGGAAACCAUGGCGUCCCACAGCCACAAUCCGUUCGACCUCGAGAUCACCAUAAUCUCAGCUAAGCACCUGAAGAACGUCAACUGGAGAAACGGAGAUCUGAAACCCUACGCGACCAUCUACCUGGACAACUCCGAUCACAGGCUCGCCACUCACGCCGACGACUCCGGCUCCACUCGUCCCGUAUGGAACGAGCGAUUCACGCUCCCGGUGACUCGAAUGAUCGCCGAUUCGGUCCUCACACUGGAGAUCUUGCACUCCAGGCCAUCGGAAACCCCCAAGCCUCUCGUGGGCGCCGUGAAGAUCCCUCUCUCGCAGAUUCUCGACUCCGACGAGUCUCCGGCCGCAAUCCGAUCUUUCGAGCUUCUCCGUCCCUCCGGCCGUCCCCACGGUAAGGUUCGCCUGAAGCUCGCCUUGAGAGAACGCCCCAUGCCCCCACCUCCGCCCAUGCCUGCUCCCCCUCCGCCGCAGCAGGUAUCUCACCAAAUUCCAGAUUACCAUAGUGCCCCUAACUAUUCCCAUUAUUACGCCGCCGCCCCUCCGCCGCCUCCAGCCCCUAUGACCAGUCGGGAUUACAGGGAGUUCUCUCCAGCUCCGUACAAUUAUCCAGACCAGUAUGGCUACUACUCGGCCUAUUACCCUCCGCAGCCGCCUCUGCCAUCUCGACCUUUGUACAAUCGGGCUUCCAGCUACAACCUGCAGAGCGGGCCUUCUGCUCCGGUUGACAUAUCGGCACCAUCACCGCCAGCGCAGCCUUAUGAUCACAAGGUGAUGCCUCAGCCAUCAGUGUCAUUGUCGAAGACAUCUGUGUAUGGAGGACCCAGCGGACCUUCAGCUCCUGUGGACUAUUCAUCCCAAUAUGGGGGUGUGAAAGGAGGCGCUACAGAGCUCAGCAGCAGUAUGGGUGGGCUGAAUCUUGAAGAAUCCGGGAGCAACUACGAGAGGGAGAAAGCUCCGGACAGGGAGAGUUUCGCUGGUUAUCGGGACUACCGUCACGAGUAUUGAGUCCUGAGGGCGCCGUCAAGGAAGAAAGGUAUUAUCUUGUGUGAUCGUUGGUAUGUGAGUUCCAUGGAUGGUGUGAACUUGGGUUGCUCGCUUUAUAAUGUAUCUUGUAUAUAUAUGUAAGGUGUUGCUAAUUUUAAAUUGGGAGACGCUUGCUUUGUCUCUUAUGGUGUUUGGGUUCAUUGGCAUGUUGGCGAUGAUAUCUCUCUGAUCGGUUUCAGGAGAUGGUUGUAAGAUGUGUGCAAGUGUUUGAACCCUAGCUGAGAAAUGUGUUUGUCAAGAUUCAAGUGUCCUCGUUUGUUUCUAGUGUGUCUUAUGUUGAUUCUCAGAGCUCUAGUCAAUAAGGAGUUGUUAUUCAGUGAAACUGCUGUUACCUGAUCAUUCACUUUCAUUUUCAUGGUUUCAAUCCACUUUGGGGUGGGUGGAUAGUAGUCAACUGUUAAUUGGGAAGCUAGCUUAGUUGGGUGGAGCAGUAGAAUUUCAUGAGUGUCUCAGCUGGAUGUAGUGAGGCGACACAACUGCGAUAUCUUAUCCUUGGAACUUAUUAGUGUGUUUUGGCGUAUGAUUGAUAAGAACAAUGAUCAAAUGCUCCCUCCCCUAGCACUGUGCCACACUUCAGGUGUGCAUACUGAAGAUAUCGGCAGUAUAUUGGGAGAAUAAGUUGCAGGAAGUAGACUGGGAAAGUUGAUGGUGAUUUUGUUGACCUCAAUCGCACUGUCUGUCAUGCUGCAUUAGGGUGAUGCAGAUGAAGCAUUCUUUCUUUGUAAGUGGUACAGUAAUAAGUUUGAUACCUCUGUUUAUGUGAUCUUCCCAUGAGAAUCCUGUUUCAGACUCUGAUGCUCCAUGAUCGAUCACCCUUAUCGUUUUGUUCAAUCAACUUCAUUUGUUGAGAACAACUCGUCCCUAUUCUAAGACAUGUUGUUUGUUUAUAGGACAAGCUAAUCUGUUUAGGUAGUAGUAUCAAUACCACCGCUACACUGCACUACGGAAGAUUUAGCCGUGUUUAGUAUAUUUAAAAACAGUAUAGUAAUAACGAAAAUAGUUAGGAAUAAUAUACAUGAAGCAACAUAUGUUUUUGUAUAAAAAUAUAGACAUUCG